AUAAUCAAUUUCAAGGCAGAGUACCGACAUGGUUGUUUACUCUGCCAUCUUUGGAGGGUUUAGAUCUUUCCCACAAUAAACUCACAGGUCCGAUGGAGCAGUUCCAGCACCCUGGUCCAAUAAGUAAAGUUUAUUUGCGUGAUAACGUGAUUCAUGGUCCAAUUCCAGAUUCGAUUUUUCAACUUUUGGGUCUCAUACAACUAUCACUUGCAAACAAUAACUUCAGUGGUAAUGUGCAGGUAGAGAUGCUUUCAGAGCUCAAAAAUCUGACGUUUAUUGAUCUUUCAUAUAAUGCGCUUUUGUCAGUAACAGGAAAGGUCACCUUGCCCCAGCUUGAAUAUGUUUGUUUAUCUUCUUGUAGCAUAACUAAAGUCCCGAUUUUCUUAGGCACUCUAAGUUUUAUAUAUCUAGACCUUUCCAAUAACACAAUCUUUGGCCGAAUUUCCCAAUUGCAGCUUGGAAAUUGUUCCAACUUGUCUUACCUAAAUCUGUCUCACAAUUUACUUACCAGUGUUGACUACAUUUCAUCCAUGGCCAACCUUCUAAGUCUUGACCUUUCAUCCAACUUACUCCGAGGACAACUUGUGGAUCUACCAACUGGGGUUAUUUUCUUCUCAGCUUCAAACAAUGAUCUGACAGGAGUGAUCCCUCCGUCAUUUUGUAAUGGGAGCAGAGUUCAAUCUCUUGACUUGUCCCAUAAUGGCUUAAGUGGAAACAUUCCAAAAUGUCUUGCGAAGAGCACUGCAGACACCGAGUUUUUGAAUUUGGCAAUGAACAACUUCCAUGGCAGUAUAGAAUCUCUGAUGUUUCCCGAUCAAUGUGGUGUGACAGCUCUUAUGCUUAACGACAAUCAAUUUGAGGGACCAUUACCAUCCUCUUUGGUUAACUGUCGAGGUUUGGAUAUUCUUGAUGUUGGGAAUAACAGGAUUAAUGAUAGCUUUCCGAAUUGGUUAUUAAAAUUUCAAUUUCUUCAAGUACUCAUUCUGAGAUUUAAUCAGUUUCAUGGUCCCAUUGGCAAUUCCAGCACAAGAUUUCGCUCCCCUUGGUUACGAGUACUGGACCUCUCUCACAAUCAAUUUUCUGGUAUUUUACCAGCAAGUUUUUUUAACAAUUUUGAAGCUAUGAAGAGUGGAUACAAGGUUGAUGUCAAACUCAAUUACUUGCACUCUUUUUUUUGGUACAUAUUAUUCAAUAACUUUGUUUUUAAAAGGUGUCGAGACCCGGAUGGAAAGGGUUUUAUACACUUUCACAUGCAUAGAUCUUUCCAAUAACUUGUUUAAAGGGGAAAUUCCAAAGGUAGUUGGACAACUCAAGUUACUCAGAUUGAUUAACUUGUCUCAUAAUAGCUUAACUGGUGAAAUACCUUUAUCAUUGAAAAAUUUGUCACAACUUGAAGCAUUAGAUCUCUCUUCCAACCAGCUCAUCGGAAAGAUUCCUCUGCAAUUGACAAGUUUAACAUUUCUUUCAGUGUUAAACUUGUCUUACAACCAUCUUGUGGGAUGCAUACCUCAAGGAAAGCAAUUUGACACAUUUCAGAAUGAUUCCUACAUUGGAAAUUUGGGCUUGUGUGGAUCACCACUGUCAAACAAAUGUGACAAUGAUAAGGCACCACCAACGAUAGACGAAGAAGAAAGCAAUGCUUCAAGCUGGUUUGAUUGGAAAAUCGCUUUGAUGGGCUACGGAUCUGGAUUUGUAAUUGGCAUAUCCAUUGCUUACAUUGUGUUCUCAAUAGGAAAACCUCAAUUUUUUGUGAGGUUGAUUGAAAGAGAGUGUCCAAGAAAUGUGAGAAGGCUGAAUAGAGGACGUAGAAGAAGAACAAAUUAGCAUUUGAAAGUUGUUCCUCAAUUUUACUCUGAAGAGUUGAAGAGUAAGGUGCAAUACUCAUGUCUCCAAGAAAACUUCAAGCUUUUGUAUUAGUGGUAGAUUUUUAUUUUAGUAGCAAUUCAAUAAGCAACUCUGUUUCUGUUCCAGACUAUUAUACAAGAGAUUGCCGUUAUAAUUCUUGUUUAUCAUUUGUAAGUAUUUGGCAAACUACCAACAUUUUUGUUCUCAUUUAGUUUUGUGUGUGCACAUAUUUGUCUUGUUAUAUGUGUGCACACAGUUGCAUUAUUAUGUGAACAUUUGUAAGUGAUUUCUCAUUCAAGUA